CGGGCACAAGUCGAAAACGGAGCUCCAGAUUCGUUUCCAUUGAAUUGACUCGGGCACAAGAAAACCAACUUGUCAUCUUCAAUUCAUCCACGAAACCUUCAUUUCUUCCAGAAAAAAUCAUACCGAUUUCGUCAAUCUCAUCUUUUGUAGAUGAUAAAUUUAUAGAUAUGUUAUCGUCUUCGUCGUCGAAUUCGAUGAUUCGUCGUGUAGUUCCGUUCUUCACCACCCGGAUUCGUCAAAAUUACCGACUUUUGAAUUCCUCAGCUUCUGCUCUGUCCCAACCACAAUCUCAAUCUCAAUCUCAAUCUCAAUUAGAAGCUCCAGAUUCUGUUGUUAUGACUGAGAACUGCGUUCGUAGGAUUAAAGAGUUGCAAGCUGGCGAACAUAAAGAGAAGAUGCUCCGCUUGAGUGUUGAAGCUGGUGGUUGUUCUGGGUUUCAAUAUGAAUUCUCUUUAGAUGAUAAGGCAAAUUCGGAUGACAGAAUUUUUGAGCAUGAUGGAGUUAAAUUGGUUGUGGAUAAUGUAUCAUUCGAUUUUGUCAAAGGUGCAACUGUUGAUUAUGUUGAGGAGCUGAUCCGCUCUGCUUUUCAGGUAUCUACCAAUCCAAGUGCAGUGGGUGGGUGCAGUUGUAAAAGUUCCUUUAUGGUGAAGCAGUAAUUUGACACUUCUGUAGCAUUCAGCCCGGAAAAUCAGCAUUCCUCUAAACUGGAUAUGGUUUACUGCAAGGCCUAACCACUUUAUUAUAUUAGUCCAUCUGGUGUCUAAUAUCUAUUCAUCAUAUUCUUCUACCGUUAAGGCAGCAAGACCUGCAUUAUGAGAAUUUAUACCUGAGAGGCCAUAGAUUCUUUAUUGUACAUGCCAUUUUUUUUUUGCCUUGUUGGAGCUGGUUGGAAGUGUAGAAUGUGACUGUUAAAUUAGGUUGUUGAGUAGGCUGUUGUACUGUAGACAAUAAUUCCAGUUGAAGAUAUGGUAGUUUUGGCUGGAGACAUUGUACAAGGAAUUUUGAAGUGAAGGGUUUAAACAGAA